UGAAAUACAAAAUAGAUAUUUUGCCAACAAUAUAUUUGUGAUUAAUUCUGUGAUGUCGUGUAGAUAUUUUUGAGCGAACGCUGAACAAUAUUGAGAAAAACUUACUUCAAACUGUUCACCAAAUAACCAAUAACAUAAAUAACAAUAUAUACCCAACAUGGGUAAGAUUAUGAAACCGGGUAAAGUGGUGCUGGUCCUCAGCGGCCGGUACGCAGGUCGCAAGGCGAUUGUGGUGAAAAACUACGACGAGGGCACAUCAGACAAACCCUACGGUCACGCUUUCGUCGCCGGCAUCGACAGGUAUCCCCGCAAAGUGCACAAGCGAAUGGGCAAAAACAAAAUCCACAAGCGCUCCAAAGUCAAGCCCUUCGUUAAGGUUGUCAACUACAACCAUCUCAUGCCAACACGUUACUCAGUUGACUUCAGCUUCGAAAAGUUCAGCUCAAAGGACUUGAAGGACCCCGCAAAGCGCAAGAAGCUCCGUUUCAACACACGAGUCCGCUUUGAGGAAAGAUACAAGAGUGGCAAGAACAAAUGGUUCUUCCAGAAGCUUAGGUUCUAAGUACAUUUAAAAUAAAUCCUUCAAAAAGCAA